AUGGCUGGAGGACGCAAUUCUUAUACAAAUAAGAAGCAUAGCAAAUUUGGAGGAAAGACUCAGUAUAAAAGCGAAGAACAAAAAAGAGGUGAAGAGAAGAAAAAUGAAACAAUAAAAAAAGAAAAUGCCAACCAAAAAGAAUCCUCAGGUCUUAAAUAUGAAAAUAAAAAGAAAGAUCAGAUUGAAAACGCUGAGCCUCUAAGAGUAACAGAAAAAGAAGAAAAUAAAACAGUUGAUAGAAGCUGUCACGAUUCAGCAACAGAUAAUAGUCAAGUUAAACCUUGUCAAAAUGAAAUAGAACUGAAGGAAGAAGUUAGCGACACGCAAACAGAUGUUACUGAUAAUAAAGAAAAUAGUGAAUUACAAAUUGAUGCUGAGAGGAAUGAGCAAAUAGACGAUCCUCGACGCACUAAUGUAACAAAUUCAGUAUUCCAGAAUCAUCUAGACCAAGAAAGGGGUGAUGAAACAGUACCUCCUGCUACACCAGCUGUUCAAAGUCAUUCAAUUAAAGAUGUAGAUGAUGAAAGUAAAGUAAGUGAUGAAUUAAAAUAUAUGCGCAAAAACGAUCAAAGUGAAGAGGUACCGGAUGAUGAUAAAGCUGACACUAAUAUGACACUUGACGAUAAGAAGAUAUCAGAUGAUCAACUAAAUCCCCAAGAGAUCAAGCCAGAACAACCUAUAAAAAAAGAAAAUGCCAACCAAAAAGAAUCUUCAGGUCUUAAAUGUGAAAAUAAAACGAAAGAUCAGAUUGAAAACGCUGAGCCCAUAGAAGUAACAGAAAAAGAAGAAAAUAAAACAGUUGAUAGAAACUGUCACGAUUCAGCAACAGAUAAUAGUCAAGUUAAACCUUGUCAAAAUGAAAUAGAACUGAAGGAAGAAGUUAGCGACACGCAAACAGAUGUUACUGAUAAUAAAGAAAAUAGUGAAUUAGAAAUUGAUGCUGAGAGGAAUGAGCAAAUAGACGAUCCUCGACGCACUAAUGUAACAAACUCAGUAUUCCCGAAUCAUCUAGACCAAGAAAGGGGUGAUGAAACAGUACCUCCUGCUACACCAGCUGUUCAAAGUCAUUUAAUUAAAGAUGUAGAUGAUGAAAGUAAAGUAAGUGAUGAAUUAAAAGAUAUGCCCAAAAACGAUCAAAGUGAAGAGGUACUGGAUGAUGAUGAAGCGGACACAAAUAUGACACUUGACGAUAAGAAGAUAUCAGAUGAUCAACUAAAUCCCCAAGAGAUCAAGCCAGAACAACCUAGUCCGAAGGAAGAAGUUAGCAACACGCAAACAGAUGUUACUGAUAAUAAAGAAAAUAAUGAAUUAGAAAUUGAUGCUGAGAGGAAUGAGCAAAUAGACGAUCUUCGACGCACUAAUGUAACAAACUCAGUAUUCCCGAAUCAUAUAGACCAAGAAAUUGGUGAUAAAACAGUACAUUCCCAGAAAGAUGGAACACAUAAAUGUAUUCAGAAUUAUUUAAGGGAUCAAAAUAUUGAAUAUCUGAGAGAUCUUUUCAGACCUCUCAUUUUAGAAGCUUUGCAAAAUAUCAUACCUAGUUAUUCUCAAAAUGCAAAAGGACUGGAAAAAGAACCGUCAGAACCAGUUGUCGACGAAAAAAAUAACAUCAAAGAUAUGAAAGACCAACUACAAAAUAAGCGAGAACCCAGUGAUCAACCUCAGAAUGAGAAAAAAGCAACUGAACGACUUCAGAAUACGAAAGAACGAAAUGAUCACUUUCAGGAUGAUAAAGAACCAAACGAUCAAUGUCAGUAUAAACAAGUUCCAACUGAGCAACUUCAGAAUGAGAAGAAAACAUUUGAUCAAUUUCAAAAGCCGAAAGAAGAAGUUGUACAGAAUAUCAUAGUCAGUAGUCCUCAAAAUGCAAAAGGCCUUGAAAAAGAAUUGUCACAAACAAUCGGCGACCUAUCAAAUGGUAUUAAAGAACUGAACGAUCAACUACAGAAUGGGGAACUGAAGAAUGGGGAGCCAAUGAGGGAUGACCAACUUCAAACACCCAAAGAAAUCAAGCCAAUUAGAUUCAUGCAGAAACCUGAAGAUGGUGAGAUAUUAUACGCAGAAGAUUUACAAAUCUUUAUUCAAUCUAUUGUCCCUGAAUUGAUACAAAUCCUUGAGAAGAUGUUCUCUCAUCAUACACGUAGUUCAGGUGCACUUAAAAGUGGAACUAAAAGUUCAUUAGCUGAAGACUCACAGAUUCCAUCAAAUGAGCUUGAUGUCCAUUCCCUGUUUAAUCCGAAUAUAGAAAUUAUAACUACCGAUAUUCCUAACUUUGAGUGUACGAGAAUCGAGGAAUCUGAUAAAGUUAAAGGACAUGAUGAAGUAAUAUCGAUAGACCCGACUGGAAUUCAAAUCAAAAAGUCUCAGGUCGUAGAUCAACAAAACAGAGAACAACAACCAUUCGUAGAAGAAGAAUUAAAAGAAGAAGUGAGGAGAAAUGAUGAAGUUGUAGAAGCCAAUGACAGUAUUGUGAAAACGAACGGAUCAUUAGACAUUGUUACAACCUUCGGUACCACCUACCCUGAGAUCAAACCUUUAGAAGAACCAAUGCGGUUUCAUGCUGUUCAUGGAGACAACAUUUGUCUGUCGAAGAACAAUUUACGGGCUCAACGCAAGAAGAAAUCCAACUUUUUUAGUAAAGGCAUUGCGUUUAGUUCUAGACCAGUCGCCGUUGGUGAAAAGGUAUCCUUUCACUUAAGGCAACUCUCAAGUUAUUGGCUCGGCCUUAUCACCAUUGGCUUUACAACUAACGAUCCGAUGUCUAUAGCUGACAAUCUGCCCACCAAUGUCAUUGAUGAACGAGACUGCGCAGAUGGAUUCUGGGCCGAACACUUGGAUAAAAAAUAUUACCAGGAAAGCUGCAGAUUACAUUUUUACUUGAACUCCUCAGGAAACAUGUGCUUUGGAGUUAAUGGUGUCGAUAAGAUUGAAUUUUUUUGGAAUUUAGAAACGACAACACCCGUUUGGGCGUUGAUAGAUGUUUUUGGAUACUUUACAAUAGUGGAGUUUGAUAUACCGAAAGAAUUGCAUAACACAAGUUUCGUAGCAUCCAGUCUCCUUUCAGGUAGAAAUGAAUCUGACUACUCAAUGAAUCAAUCUUUGGAUGAUAACGAGAAAAAUAAGCCUUGUUUAAAUUACCAAAUUCGUUUUGUGCCUUUGAAUUUAUACACACAAGUUGAAGGCACUUGCAUGAAAUUCUUAGAGGACCGAGGUGUUUGCGUAACUUCAGGUAAUAAAGGCGGGUGCAUUGACGGCAAAUUACCGCUCUUUCCCGGACAGACCAUUGUAGUUCAAAAUUUGUCUGUAGGGAAGGCACUCUUUUAUAUUGGGGUAAAAUACGGUAGUCCAACAACUGAGGUAUCUAGUCAAUUACCGGAACCCGUUAAAAGUAAUUUUGUUAUGCACGUAAAAGACGAACUGGCUAUAACGUUCACAGAAACCGGAGAAAUACGAGUCACAAAGAACUUGGAUAUACCAAAAACAAUUCUCAAAGUGAACCGAUCUCAAGAACUUUGGCCGUUUGUACAAAUAUUGAAAAGAAAUCAAAUGAUCAAGAUGUGGAGUAGCAGUACUCCUUUUCUUGCUGCGUUCCAGACAUAA